CGAAAUUACGAUGGAUAUUUGAUGCCUUGAAAUUCAGAUAUUUGCUACUAAAAGAAGAUUACUACGAUUCUAUCAAGAUCAUAAUCAAUACAAAAAUGUUAAAAUAAUAAUGAUAAGGAAUAUUCUCUUGUUUUAAUACUUCUUGAUAUCGAACAGAUAAUCAGAAAAUAAUUUGAUAAACCUUAUAAAAAGUGUGGCUGUAGUGGUCUUAUUUAGGAAAAUUGAUAAUACUUGUGUGUGAAAAUUCCAUAUUUUUGGUAGACGUUGUACAGAUUUUUCAUUUGUUUGUAGUGAGAAAGUGGUAAUCAACUGGAAAAAAAUCAACACUCAAAGAUAAGGAGGUAUGGAAAAUACAAAACUGUUAUUUACAAGAUUUACACUGACACAUGCCGUGCCGCUGCGAUUGGGAUAAAUUAAUUACUUGUACAUUACACAUUUUUUUGUUGAUAUACUCCUUCGUUUCCAUAGCCUUAGGUUCUACAAUUCUCGACGACGAAAGCCAAGGCAUUCCAAGAGUUACAACUGUUUCAAUAGGCGCUUUCGCUGUAAGCCUUGGUGUUUUAGCUCUGAUCAAUGUUCUUUGCUGCAUUUAUACAUUACGAACUUAUUAUGUUUCUCUUGUCCCCAUUAUCAUUCUACAAAUUGUCUUAGGUGGCAUAGCUUCGGCGGUUGCUUCUAAUAACGAUAGUCAGAUAUAUACGGUUGUCAAAAAAGUGUUUGACGAUUACGUCCACAAUCAGCAAAACGAGUACAACAAAGAAAAAGUUGAUACUAUUCAGCAAUAUUUUCACUGUUGUGGAGUUCAAGGUCCACAGUACUGGAGUUCUGCUGGUUUAGAGUAUCCUGAUAGUUGCUAUAGUCAUGUUAACAACGAUUUAUACUUCGAGGGAUGCGUAUCUAAGUUUCAAGAAAGCGUUACAGGAAAAUUCCGAGCCGUGGGUGGAAUAUCAAUUGCAUUUGCACUAACAGAGGCUUUUGGCACCAUUUCGUUAUGGAUUUUGGGCAACAGAAACUCCGAAGAAUCACAGAGGUUACUUGAUUAACCCUAAAUUAUGCCACAUUUUGUUAAUAAACGAUGUUACUUAAUACCUAUAAUAAAAGAUGCCCUGUUUAGGGAAAUCAUAAAA